CUUCGUGACAGGUGUUGAAUUACGAUAUUUCAUGUAGAAAGCUCGUCUAUGUUGACGGAGGAGUCAUAUUUCUCAAUCCGAGGAUUGUGGGGCCGCUUGGUUUCAUCUCAGUCUCCCUCGAUGGGGUCGAAUCCGUCGUGUCUACAAUAUUUCUCGAUGCUUCCCCGACUUCCAAACUUGAUGAUUGUGGAACACUUAUCAUAGCUCAAUUCGUUUUCGUAGAGGAAAAUUGCUGCAUCCCAUCAAGAGGACAAGCAAUUGGAAACGUGCAUGCGCCUGCGGGCGAGCGAGCGUGCGUGUGAAUACACUUGAAGUUCAGUGGUAGACAUCCAAUUCUGUCCUGAGGAGCGCAAUCGUCGGUCGAUGAUUCUAAAGCUUUUGGAGCAUUUGGAGGUGAGUCGCUUUCCGGAAGAGAAUCCGAGGGCAUGUCCCAACACUCGUGCGAGCCUGCGACGGGCGUGGCCACCGAAAAGAUUAAAAUUGAUUCCAGACAGGGAAGAGAAGAAGAGGGCAGGUACGUGCAAUCGAGGCAGAAUCUGGGCGAUUGAAUCCCUCCCAUCAGAAAAUUAAUCAAAUGCGCCAAUUCCUACACUGUGAUUCCCGAGUACGAUGCGAAACGCAAGCGUGCACGGGCCAAUGAUCGGGCGGGCAUGCACUCUGCCCGAUCUCAGCGCGUGUGAGCUUGAUCGACAAAUUUCGACUCAUGCUCGUGUAAUCCGUCGUUGGAAGAGAUAUGCAGGCGUCCACACAAGCCCAAAAGAUCACAGGCGGGAGUCAGCAAACGCGCAUCGAGAAGCAGAGGAAUAAUAUUCACUCUCCAGUGAUCAGACUACUGGGCAUCCCAGAAAAGCAAACUCUCGACACACAGUUCAGUUCGCAGCGUGAGAACUCGGAUUUUGGGUCCGCCAGUGGCAGGUUCACCAUGUUCCGCUCACACGGGCCGCAUGAACCAACUGUUACGGGACGACAUGAAGUCGACACCGCAAAGGUCACAAUCACUCCAACAGGCCGCUAGUCGCUGGAGUGCAGUCCAGCGGAGGAUCGAUUGGAUUAGGGAUUGCAUCGGUUAGGGUAGAAAACGUCGCGGAGUUCCAGAAGGAGUCACAUUCCCGAUUCCGGAUCGGAGAAGGAGCGAUUGCAGGGCCGGGGGUCGGAGGAGAGGAGAAGGGGCGGGGGAAUCCGCACCCACCACCGACUGCUGACAGACGAGACGCAGGGCAGAGCAGGUAGGCAGUUGGAGGUGCGACAUGCCACACCAUAAAUUUCCAACACACACAAAGGGGCCCUCGCGGACUCGCUCGGCCUACAAAGCAAAAAGCGGUCUGCGCUGUGAGGUGCAGACUGGUGCGGCCGCUGUUGGCUCAUCAUCGGACAAGCCAUUGAAGGUUGAUGCGAUGGGAGAGUGCAUUCAUUCACUCAUUCAACAAAAUCAAGCAUAUGUUCCGAAUCCGCACUGCGAUUUUAUUCGUGUCCGCGCGAGAAGAUGCUAAAGUUUGUCUGCUCCAGAACCAUUCAUUCAUUCUAUCAGUCAUUCAUUCAUUCAGUCAUUCAUUCCGAUCCCUUCAUCCUUCGAGCCACGGAGCUUCAUGCUUCCAUAACUCCCGAGCUUCGGAACAGAUAGCAUUUUCUGUCCGGAAUUCAUGCCCAUCACCACUCACGAGUAGGUCUCGCGUGUUUCUGGGACAUUAUUGACGCUCGCACUCUGAUUGCCGCUGGCUGUAAUGGACCAACCUUUCGAUUUGAUUAAAGCUUGGAUCUACUCCUUGAUGCCAAGGCUGUGCGACGAACGACUUCUGGGCGGAGUUUUAAUUCUUCGCCAUACUAUCUUUGCCCCUGUCGCGGGCCUGCGAAUUCCACACUAAUGAGCUCGCACUGCUAGAAGAGCAGCUCCUUAAUGGCCCCUUUAAUUCCGCAUUAGCCUUAACUGCUCUCCCUGCCGCUGCUUCUGAUCGUUAACCCACAACCAGCAAAGCAAGCUUUCCUGCCUUCAAUGCCUCGCUGAGACCGUUCGGUCUUCGGAUUAGCAGCCCGUUUCACAGAUAUUGCUCGGGAUGCCACCAUGUGCCCUCCAGUAGCACUCAGGCACGCUUCACUAGAUGCUCAAAGUCAAUCUGCAAUCCGUGCACCAGCUCAUUCGAGUUGGAACUUCGAAGCAAUUCAAAAUUAUUACGGAUUACGAGAUGGCGAGUCUAAUAUUGGAUUAGUCUAAGCAGCACUCCAGGCCACUUGCGCCAGUCCCUCGCUGCAGGUAGUGAUGGUUUUAUUUUAGCUCCCCUACUCUCGUCUACUCUACACUACGAGCGUUUGUUUGAAUGUUGUGGGUGGGCGUUCCGUUAGAGAGGACAAUGGUCUCGCUGAGUUGGUCGGCUCAUUUCCUUCCGUUCCAGUCUUCAGAUAGAACAAAGGUCAAACCGAAAGCUUUGUCUCCUCGGGUUUGAAUCCCAUCUCUGGUCUUCGGAAGCUCGAGUGACAUUUGUCCCGCCAUCGCUGGCAUCUG